AUGUCACGCAAAGCAGAUCGCGAGGCGCGGAUACAAGCGGACGCCCACGUCGAAAUUGAUGCGGGCGCCUUCGCUGCCGAGUUCGAGUUUGAAGAGGAGGGGGAGUGGGGAGAUGAGGUGGAGGAAGGCGUGUUUGUCGAUGUACCAGAUUUUACACACUCGCGCCAUGCAAAGGCUGCCGCUGCCGCAGCAGCCGCACAACCAACACCGGCCCCCCCGACCCGCCGCGUACCCACCAGCAUCAAGCAGAUGAACCGGUUGCUGGGCCGGCACCAGGUGCCUGACUUGCCUGAGGACGAGCUGGAUGAGAAGUUUGUGCGAGGCCGCGGACCGGGAGGACAAGCAAUCAACAAGACAAACUCGUCUGUUUGCCUCACCCACAUGCCGACUGGUAUUCGCGUACAAUCCCAACCAACUCGAAGUCGGGAACAGAACCGUUACAUUGCGCGACAAAUCCUAAAGGACCGACUAGACCUCAUGCGUGCUCGAGGCGAGCUCCCAAACCCAGAUGGAAGCUACUCUGUUCCCGAGGCGAAACCGACAGAGGGCCUGAGUAGGAAGGAGCGGCUGGCUGCUGAGGCGCGCACGUGGAGUAAGCAGGAACUGAGGUGGGAGAAGGAGAGGCGGCGCAAGUUGAACCGUAAGAAGAAGGUCAAUAAGCGCAACAAGACCGCAGAGGAACAACCAGAUGCACAAGGAGAAGAGGGCGAGGUCAAGUAA